AUGACGAACAAGUCGACCAGAUUUCCAUAGUGAGAAUCCUCUCAAAACACCUUGACAGAGAAAUUUUCAGUUUGGAAAAUCUUCAAGAUUUCAAAGACGCCGAGGAAAUUUUGGACAAGCUCCUCAUAACAUUUGCGGAUUUUGAUCAGGGGCGUGAAGAAGCAGGAAGCAAUGACGAAGACAGAAGCCAAUGCUCGACGUCCUCCUCCACCACCUCCAUUUCGGUCUCGAAGAAAGAGGAAGACUUGAUUCGAACUACACUGAGACAUGCAAGAGAUCCAGCGAACAGAAGCCCUCUCAAAGGUGAUUCUUUCUUCCAUAAAAAAUACUAAACAAAGAGCACAGAUGCUCAAAAAGCUUGUAUUUCGUUUGGUGGCUGUGGUUUCUUGGGAAGCUAUCAGUUUGGAGCCGCCAAGAUGAUUUACGAGCAUGGGAGUCGGCUGCUAGAGCGAGUCGACAGAUAUGCGGGAUGCUCCUCCGGAAGUCUCGUGGCCACUUUGCUCAUUUUUAAUCCUGAGAAGUGUGGCGCUGUAAUUUCAAAUUGAUCAUGAUAGUUUUUAGAAUGGCCGACGCAGUCGAAGAGAUCUACAAAAUGGCUGACGAGGUAAACGAGGCACCGCUCGGAGCAAUGACUCCUGGAUUCAUAAUUGGAGAGAAAUUAAGAAAAGUAGUCGAGAGAUUCAUUCCUGAAGAUGUUUCCAAGGCUAACAACUUGCUCUUCGUGUCUGUGACAAAAUUAAAAGUAGGAUGACACGUGUUUGUUCAAAUGCCAACAAUACCCUUCCUAGAAUUGGAAGAAUGAGCUGAUCUCGAACUUCCCGAACAAAGCGUAUUUGAUUGACUGCUUGAUGGCCAGCUGCUACCAUCCGAUGUAUUCGACUGGACUUUCCGGAAAAGCUCCAUGUAUCAAUGGAGAGGUAUUAUUCACACUACCCAUAAACACUUCGAGUUCAUCUUUUUCAGCCGUACAUAGAUGGCGGUUACUCGAACAUUUUGCCGGAAUUCCUCGACCGGCGCACUGUCUCAGUGACUGCGUUUGCUGGAGAUGCCGACAUUUGUCCUGCUGAGAAGUCCGCUCUCUUCAACGAUCUCAUGUUUGCGUUCUUCAAUCAGAACAUGAAAUUGACGUUGUCGAACGUGAAGAGAAUCUCUAACGCUCUGUUCCCACCCACUCGAGAUAUACUCCAACAAUACUGCAAUGCGGGCGCCGCCGACGCCGAGAAGCUUCUGAAGGAGAAUAAUAUGUACAAUUGA